CGACCACCUCCCGCUUCCACCCCGCAUUAGCUUCUCCGAGCACGCAACCACCCGAUCUUCGUCCAUCCCACGUGUCGCGCUCUUAGUUCCAAUACCCGAUCCGGAUCCCCUCGAGUGCCGUCGAUCUCGCAAGGAUCGCGGCCGCCAGUCCCCCCCUUCGAUGCCGCCCAUACCGUCGCAGCCUCUCCCGCGGGUCAUCACCUACUACCAGACGCACCACACCCCCGAAGGCAAGCCCAUCUCGAUCCUCCCGCUCCUGACCCAACCCGGCAUCAGCGUCACGCACGUAAUCCUCGCGGCGAUACACAUUAACGAUGAUCCCCACGGUCUCACGUUGAACGACCAUGCACCCGACAACCCGCGAUUCCUCACAUUAUGGGCCGAGCUGCGUGUGUUGCAAGCCAGCGGCGUCAAGGUGAUGGGCAUGCUGGGCGGCGCCGCCCAGGGAUCGUAUAAGCGGCUGGACGGCAGCGAAGCCCAGUUCGAGGAAUACUACAUCCCGCUGCGCGACAUGCUGCGCACGUACGGCCUGGACGGUAUUGACUUGGACGUCGAGGAGGUGAUGAGCCUGGCCGGCGUUAUCCGCCUCAUCGACCGCAUCAGGCAGGACUUUGGCAAGGACUUCAUAAUCUCCCUGGCGCCCGUCGCCGCUGCGCUCCUCAUGCCCGAAAAGAACCUCAGCGGCUUCGACUACGAGGCGCUCGAGGUGAUGCGCGGCGGAGACAUUGGCUGGUACAACGCCCAGUUCUACUGCGGGUGGGGCGACUGCAGCAGCACGGCUAUGUACGAGAUGAUACUGGCAAAGGGCUGGCCGGCCGAGAAGGUCGUCAUGGGCCUGGUCACGAACCCCGAGAACGGCUCUGGGUGGGUGCCGUGGGAGAUGCUGGGCGCCGUGCUCCUCACGCUCCGAGGCCGUUAUGCGCGCUUCGGCGGGGUUAUGGGCUGGGAGUACUUCAACAGCUUGCCUUCCGGUCGGGAUAAGCCCUGGGAAUGGGCGAAGUGGAUGACGACGAUGCUGCGCGCCGAUCACGCACAUCAUUCACUCGGGCCGGUGCAAGACACGGCUCCCGUGGAAGUCGGCAAUCCUGUUGCCAAGGAAGUCAAGAAGCAUCUGGUGGAUGAGGUCGACCCCGACAGCCCAAACAGCAAGGACGCGCCGAUUCCGGCGUCUUUCGACUAUUACUCCGAUACUAACUGGGAUGAAGAUUGAAGAGCAUGAGCUACAGCCCGGAUGUGCUCAUCUGUACGCACAAAAUUAGACGACUCGUAUGGUAAGGUACGAUGAGUUAGUGAUUUCUAUCCACUCAAAGGGUCCAGGCAUAGCACUGGUGUUGAAAUUUGCAUCAUAGAAUCGAGGACGACAUGAAUGUAUAUAGAGGGCGUUUUGGCAGACUUAUCGUACGCAGCACAUGACCCGCGUGAGGCGACGAGCGCUUCCAAAUAGAGCUUGGGACAAUCUGGGACAUUGGAAUAUCGGGACAAAGCGGCGGCUGUCUGGAAGCCCUCAUCUGCUCUUGUUGACAACGAGCCCAGCUCUAGCUUAGCAAGUUGACUUAUAAUGCCAACAUGCGACUGCCGUCGUUAUUUGCCAUGAA